AUGAAGCCGUCAAGGCCUCUCGCCUUGAUCAAGAACAUAUUCGGCGCGUACCACCAACCUCUGCGUGUCGAAAACAAUGAAGAGAAGCUGUAUAAGAUUAUCACAGGCUCCUUCAGGAAGCAGCUCGAUCAACAGCUUGGACUACAAGCCGAACAAUCUCGAGAUUCGCAACAAGUAAAAGCCGCCAAAUCUUUUCAAGAAACUUCCAACUUGACGCUAUCCUCUCCUACAGACGCGCCUCGAGCGGGACUUGGCAGCGAACACCUCCGCACGAUUCUUUCAAAUCCGCUGUUUAGCUACGAUGCAUCAAAGGCAAAAGGACUGCGGGUGCAAGGGGUCAAGGAUCCAAUGGAUAUCUUUGAGGAGGCAGCUGCCAAGGGGCUCAUGAAUACAUUACGCGCAGCCGGUUGCCUCAAAGCCAAGCACCGUCAAAUAAUGCAAUCAUCUGCCAUGGACCCUAUUACCGUCAUGGCGUCCUCGUCAGCUGGGCAGAGGGUUGUGGAGUGGCUACGGUCCAAUGGCUUCGAGGAAAACUUCAAGUUUAUCAGACCGAAUUCGCCGUUGUUGAAACAGCUCAUGCCAUUCUUGAUUGCUGAAGGGAUGGAGAAUAUGGUGUGGGUUUGGUUGGAUAAGCUUUCCCAGGCUUGCAACGAGAGCAGCGGCAAGCUACAAAAGAUCCAGCAAAAACAACGUGUGCUUCUCUUUGAAAGCCUUGUUGAGAGCAAAUACGAGGGCGCUAUGAGUAUGAACAAUGCAUAUGCCUGCAUGGCGCAGGCCAAAGAGACAUUCCCGUGGCCUAAAGAAGAAGAACCGCCUUUUUAUAUCUUGUCGGCCUGGAAAAAGGUCGCUUGGGAAUCUACAGUUUUGGCGUGGAAACAUGUCAAAAAGUCAUCUCCAAACUUGUUCGAAUUGUUCUACAGCAUCGGACAAGACAACUUUGAACGCCAGAAACUUCAGUUAAAGCAACCCGCGGACCACUAUGGCAUCGAGGUUGCCCAUCUGGCGUUACACCACCCUACAGAACCGAAUGCUGAGCAGGCAGUGAAGCUUCUGCUUGAUAGCAACCGUAUCUGGAUAUCUUGGGCGAAGCAAAACAAAUUAAUGCAGGGCCCGGGUACUUCCCCUGGUAAAGGGACUCUCAGAUUGCGGGCUCUUGGCCUGGAUACCGUCAAAGUGUGCGCGUCGCAAGGACAAAUAGAACGAGCGCGAAACCUUUUAGAUAAGAUGGCUCCAUUUCUUGGCCAAGAUUUCCGCAUGUCUAUCGAUGAUGUACCGGACUUUGACGAGGAAACUCUCGUGGAGAACAACAUGGAAUUUUUGUAUCCGGAUCCUUCGAUAAACUUCGGUAGAUGA